AUGUCCUCCGCGACCACUUUCUUCGAUUUCGAGCCCGUCGACAAAAAGGGCCAGCCCUUCCCCCUCACCUCCCUGAAAGGCAAGGUCGUCCUCGCCGUCAACACCGCUUCCAAGUGCGGCUUCACCCCGCAGUUCGAGGGCCUCGAGAAGAUCUACAAGGAGCUCAAGGCGCAGUACCCAGAGGACUUUGAGAUUCUCGGAUUCCCUUGCAACCAGUUCAAGGGGCAGGAUCCCGGCUCCAACGACGAGAUCCAGUCCUUCUGCCAACUUAAUUAUGGCGUGACCUUCCCCGUGCUCGGCAAGCUGGACGUCAACGGCGACCAGGCCGCGCCCGUUUUCACGUGGAUGAAGGAGGCGAUGCCCGGCACAUUGGGUCUCAAGCGUGUCAAGUGGAACUUUGAGAAGUUCUUGAUCGCGGCUGACGGUAAGGUGGUUAACCGUUGGUCCUCGAUCACCAAGCCUGAGAGUCUGAAGGACACGAUUGUCCAGGAGCUUGAGAAGGCCAAGAAGAAUGGGACUUUGGCUUCGGCCCAGAAGGCCAGCGAGGGUGCUGAGCAGGCUAAGCUCUCGUGA